AGUUGAAAUCAGCCGAUCGGUUAAGCGCCACACACAAAACAAUGCGAAAAUCUCACAAUAAUGCUCUAUAACAACUUAUUCUUCACUUUUCUGACUCUCAUAACUGUCAAGUCAUGCUCUGCACUACCGUCACAAAAAUUUCCCGUCGCUCUUAAUUUACACCAGGAACUGUCACCACAAGACGUAAAUAAUCUGAGUAAAGAUCAGAAACAAAGGGCCGCAUUUGACGUACAAACGACAAUUGAUGAAGUUCAGAAAUUAUUGGCAUUAGACCCUUCAUUGCCGAGAUUAACAAAAGGUGAAAUCAAAGAGCUUUUUGAAAGAGUUGCAAAAGAAGAACUCGAGAAAAGUAUUUUGAAUGGUGAUCAUAAGAAGGAAAAUUACAUGCGAUAUCUUAUGCAAGCAUUGCCAUAUCAUUCAGAAGAAAUUGAAACACUAGAUAAGCUUGCCAAACAUGCAGCAACCACAGUAGCACCAAGCACACCACCAGAAGUUCCUGAUGGCUUAAAAACUCUUUUGCAACAACACGGAUUGAUUGAUGAAGAAGGAAAACCAGUUGAGUUAGCACCUGUCACACCAUUAUUUAUAUCUGUUGAAGAUGAGACUGAAGAAGAAUCAAAGUCACCUGAAGAACUUCUUAAAGAUAUCAAGAAAGCUUCAUUCGUCAGUCCGAAAGAUUAUGAAGCUUUCAAACCACUCGAUGUUAAUAAAAGCAACGUGACUUCCGACAUGGAAUCGUUUUUCAAACAAUUUGGACUUGUUGACAAUGAAGAAUCAAAGAAGAACAAGAAGAAGCAGCCAACGAAAGCAACUAAAACGAGACAAACUGAUCUCAAUAUUCCAUCAAUCGAUUCAUCUUAUCUGAUUCCUGGAUAUUCGAGUUUACUCGACAACAUCGGCAUAAAAACUAUCAAGGACAAAUCUAAUAACAAAAAACCUGACAACAUAAAAUCUUUGUCGCAAAGAUCAAAUGUUUACAAGCCAAGCAACAAAAAUGUUGCUGCUGCUGAUGACGAUUACAAGAAACUUGAACAGCUUUUAGAGACUAUUAGAGAAUUGGAGAAGUUGAAUGCGAGUUUGACUGAGAAGGAAGUUGAUCGAUUAAACUUGCAGAAUUAUAAUUUUAGCGAUUCACUUUUAGCUAAUGGCCCUGAUCCAUUACAAUAUCACGUUCAAUACAGUGCUUUGAAGAACGAAGUUAAACGACAAGAACCUAAAGAUACUGAACCAACUAAAUUAGAUUUAAACGGUCCACUUCUUGAGUCAUCUUUGGAAGCAACUGAUGAUGAUAACAAUGAUGAUGAAAAGGAAGAAGAAAAUGGUAAAGAAGAAGAGAAAGUUCCAGAAAAAGUUUUGGAGAAUAAAGAAAAGGAGGAAGAUCUUCCACCAGUCACAGAGCCACCGACUGAAGAGAAGAAAAAUUCUUUAGAGGAUGAGAUCGAACCAAUUGAUGACCCUGAACCGAUUCCACCACCACGUCGUUCAGGUUUCUACAUGUUAUUUGACUGGAAUACUUUCCUUGAAGUUGGAGAAGAUCCCGAGAAGAUUGUCGUUCGAUUUGAUCCGAAAAUUGGCGAUCCAUCACGCUUUCUUCCCGUAAAUGUUCCAUAAACAUUUUCAUCAAUCACAAAUUCCAAAAACAUACAAAAAUUGUAAAUUAUUUUUAAAAUAUAUUUUAUUUUUCUCUCACUAUCAAAUUAACUUUAAUUUAGAAGUUGAUUGUCUGUAGAAAUUUCUAUUUUACAAAAGAAAGAAAAAAUAUUUCUCUUUAGUUAAGUUUAAUGUCUUCGUGUUUUUGUUAGUAAUUCGAGAUUUUUUAAGUUUCACUGCUUCCUUCAAUUAAACCAAAUCGAAACAGCAAUUACGGUUCAUUAAAUUCGAAGGAAAUCGGAGAUUUGAUCAGAAUUAUUAGAAUUAUUUUCAAUUCAAUGAAUUAUUGUCUUCUCUUUUCUUUUAUUAUUAAUUAUCUCCCAACUGAGCUUUAAGUGUUUUAAUUAGAUAUCUGCAAGUAUUUAAAUUUCUUAAGUAUUCAAGUAAUAGUGGAUGAAUGUUUCACGAUAUCUAUUCAGUUCAAGCAUAAAACAUCGUCUUUGCAUUAUUUUAUUUACAUAAAUAAGCUUAAGGCACUUUGCGUUCUUAAGUGGCAAGAUAACCCUGAAAGAUUCUCGUUUAAUUCUUUUUUUUUUCGUUUUUCAUUAAACUACCUAAAGCAAUGAAAUAAAUUAAGCUUUAAUUGUUGCUUUAAAAGAAAGAAGA